CGCCUUCACCUCGCCUUCACCUCGCGGACGUCUCACUCCGUCGGGCCAAGAAGGCCACGACGGAAAAGGCCUUCGCAACGCCGGACCGGCGGCGCGGCGGAAAACGCGGCGAACGCGUUGGGAUUCCACGCGUUGAACGAGCCCCGUCCCGUUGCAUGGAGAUCGCCUGCGGAGGGUGUGGGGCAAACUUUAGAAACGAUGUACCAAAAGUGACCAAAAACAUGUGCCGCAAUGUACUUGAACGAUUAUUAUGAUUAUGUGCUAUCUUAUAAUUAAUAGUACAGAGGUGUUGCUAUGUCGCACAGUGACCCCACACCAAAGCGGUUUUUGAAGCAAACCCUUGGAUCUUCGGCCCCGAACAUCUGGUUUUUGGGAGCCAAUCAUUGGCUUCCUUAGUCGGUUUGACAUGAACACCCCCCCCGGAGCUCGUUUCUUUUUUUGGGGGGAAGCUCCAGGAAUCGUUGGACACAGACCAGGGACUAGUCGGCCCCAUACAAGGGACGAAUCUGGGGCGGACGGCUGGAAGGAGCCCAGAAGAUGCCAAAAGCCCAGGAACUGCGCCAAGGAUCGUGCAUUCGAGACUGUUUCAUCCCCCGCUUCGUUUGUCUGCCUGUUGGCACGGCAGACAUAGGUAGAAUAGAUCGGUCAACUCACGGCCUCCAUGAAGGAGGAGUGCCUGGCUCUUUGGACUCCAUUUGUGCAGGUGUCCGUGACGUCAUGCCGAGUCAUGCCGCAUAUGCCGGCUCCCCAGCCUCACAUGCUGCGCCCGUGACUUCGAUCGCCGAAUCGCUCCCGGGGGCGAGCGGUGAAUGGCCGAUGGCAAAGACUUCCAAUAUCCGGCCUUCUACCAGCUGCCUCCGUUCUUCACUUUACAACCGCAUGCCUCGGUGAGGGCCAAACAGCUGGAGCUUUGGAAGCAACUCAUCUCAGAGUAUUGCAGCUUUCAUCGGCUCUUCAUCAUCGACCUCAGAGAGGAUAGAAGCAGUCAAGCACGGAGAAGAAUGAGAGGGAUGGUGGGGGACAGUGGCCAUGAAGCUUUUCCACACCGAGCUGUACUUGAGAGGUCCCUGGGUUUCGCAUUGGUUUUGAUUGCUUCCCAUGAUCUACUCACUGACUGAGUACUGAGGUACCGAGGUCCUUACUCUCAACAUCUCCCCCGAAGCAGCUGGGAGAGUUGAACUCCACACCGAAAAGGCUGCCUGGAGAGUGUGAAGCAGUGCUUUCAUGGAUCCCGGGCUUUGGGCAUAGGUUCGGCUUCGUAUGUUGGACACAUGCAUUGGGGGAGGUACAUUGGCAGAUGCCUACAUGUCUUGCUUUGAAGCGACCAGCGACAAACGCGACUUUUGUCGCUAGAAAAGGCUCAGGAGACACAUCCGAACUUCAAAAGUCCCCUAUCCUUCGUGGUUUCAAGACGCAUCAAGAGCAGCCAGACCUACUUCAUCCCACUUCACCAGAGGAGCCUCUGUUCCGCAACGCCCAGCUUGCGCGGCAGCUGCCCAGUGAGGCGCGCAAGGUGCUGGCAGAGCAUCUGGUGCAGCAGCAGGCGGCACUCUGGGCCGACGAAGCGGCUAAGGAGCGGCUCCUGGUGCUGUGGCGCUCGGUGGCUGGGUGGGCGGAUCUGAUCCUCCAGUGGGCGGCGGAGAAUGGCCUUAUGGGCAGUGUGGAGACAGUGCAGUCCUUGAUGGACGGGGAAGCGGCCGAGGGGCAGGAGUUCUACGGAGCCCCGCGGGAGCUCAUCAUGGCGGCGUUGCAGGAGCUCGUGCGGCGGAACCGGGCGACCCUCUUCCGGGGCUCCAGCGGGUCGGAAGGCGUGAAGUUCCUCUCGGCGUGAGCUGCGGAGCCGGACCCCGUCCGACCGCCCACGAGCCGGUCGAGCGGAGCGUCUCACCGGUCGAGCUCUCGCCGUGUGGAGCCGAAAGCGAGCGUCGAGCCGAAA